CCGCCUGCGCCGUGGAGCGUCAGCGCCUCCCGUGGCGGCGGCGGCGGCGGUUCCUAUAGGGCCGGAGGGGAGCGCGGCCUGCUGCCGGCGGAGCCGCCUCAGGCAGGGCCUGAGCCCCCGGCACCAGGGAAUUAUUUCAAGAUGCCUGGGGGUUCAGUGAUUUCGUUCAACUGUGUGGAUUCUUCUCUAUCGUCUCUGAAAAACUGCCAGUCAUACAUAAACACUGGGAUGGAUAUUGCUACGAAUGUUGCUCUUGACCUUGUGGAAAAUUGCAAUGAUGUAGAGGAGGUUAACAGUAUGGAAAGUGUGAUGUUAGAAUAUGCUGCAAUGGACAGAGAGCUAAACCAUUAUAUGCAAGCAGUCGAAGCUACGGUACAUCAGAUAAAACAAGACAAACCAGAAAAUAUACCAGAUCUAAAAGAUUUAGUGAAAAAAAAAUUCACUGCAUUGGAAAGCAAAAACGAUGACUCAGAUUUGCAAAGAAAUGAAAAAUAUAUACAUUUUAUGGAACAGCUUAAAAGAAUGAGAAAACAGUUUGGUCUCCAGUCAGGUACUGAUGCAAAUGAGUCCAUUGAACAAAUAGAUGAAGAUAUAGCAGUGACUCAAAGUCAGAUGAACUUUACUUGUCCUAUCACACAGGUGGAAAUGCAGAAGCCAGUUCGAAAUAAAGUCUGUGGCCAUACCUACGAAGAACAAGCCAUUCUAAAAAUUAUACAGCGUCGAGAACAGCAAAAGAAAAAGGCAUGCUGCCCUAAAAUUGGCUGUAGCCAUUUAGAUGUUAAGAGAUCAGAUCUUGUGCCAGAUGAAGCACUUAAAAGAGCGAUUGACAGUCAGAAUAAACAAACCCGACCAAUGCCGUAGAAGUCAGCUGGACACACUGUUACCACAAAGAAAAUUUGUUAUUGGAGGUCUUGUGAGAUAAGCUGCUGAUUGUAAGCAGGUUGUGUAACUGAUUGUUAUUUGAAGGCAAAGUUGAAGGUGUCAGCUAUAACUGAAAGCAUUUCUUAGACUGCCAAGUGUGAAGCAUUCCAGGUUAACUUGUUUGUUUUUCUUCCGCAACCUCUAAAAUGUUGCGUUUUGUAAAUAAAAUGUAUGUGCAAAAUGUAA